GCUCUACGCAUCUGGGAGAUAUCUCCAUCCUACAUACGUAUACACAUACAAUGUCCGAUCAACAACAACCACAACCUCUCACCUGGGUCGUCACCGGCUGCUCCUCCGGCAUUGGUGAGGCCUUGGUUCGCGCGAUCUUGGACAAGGGCGACCAAGUCAUCGCGACUGCCCGCCCACGCGACGGUGUCAGCGGUGGAGACCGUCUCUCGGCUCUGAAAGACGCAGGCGCUGCCGUGUUCGAGCUAGAUGUAAGCAGCUCGCAAGAAGAACUCGACACUAAGGCCCGCGAGAUCUGGGAGAUAUUUGGCAAAGUGGACGUGUUGGUCAACAACGCAGGAUAUAUCGAUGCAGGAAUUUUCGAAGAAAUCACCGAGUCGUUUCUGAUCAACGCCCUUCGCACUAAUGCCUUGGGUCCCCUCAACCUGACCCGCGCCUUUCUUCCUCUGAUGCGCGCCCGGCAAUCCGGAACCGUGCUCUUCUCCAGCACCGUAGGAGUCUACUACGGUGCGCCGGGGGCUUCGAGCUACACGGGUGGCAAGGGUCUGUUGGAGACCGUCGUCCCCAACCUGGCCCUCGAGCUGGCGCCCUUUGGCAUCCGAACGUCGCUCCUCACCUACGGCUACUUUCGCACGGAGGUGAUGGCGCCCGGCAAUAUUCAUUACCGGGCCCCCCGCCAGCUGCCGGAGUAUGCGGAAAUGAACCGUCUGGUGGCGGCUGGUUGCGCGGCCUCGAACCACAAUCAGUCGGGCGAUCCUGCGAAGGCAGCUGCGGUGGUUGUUGAGGCGGUUAAGGGGACAGGUCGAUGGCAGGGCAAGCAAUUGCCGUUGCGGUUGCCUAUUGGGAAGGAUGCUAUCAGUGCCAUCCGCAAGGCCUGUGAGGAGAGAUUGGCGAUCUGUGCGGAGCUGGAAGGGAUCGUGGAUCAGACUGAUCUUUAGAUGCGCUCUUUCUUUUGAUGUGCUCUUUCUUUCUUUUUUUCGACGGGAUUUCAGUGAAUGAAUAUAUGGUGUUUGUUAGGAGAGCUU